UUCCUCUUACAUUACAGUUAUUAUUUCCACAAAAUCCUGAACAAUUGGUAAAUAUCCCAACUAUGUGCUCUCAAUAUAUAGUUUUGGGUAUUUGUGAAGAUUGGAAAAAAUCUCAACUCGAUGAAAUUUUACGAAUGAUAGCACACCAUUCUGUAGAGAUUUCCAUUGUAAAGGAAUUUAAUCAAUUUAAAUUUAUAACAAUGAAAUGGAAAGAAUUUAAUAUUGCUGAAUUUUUGAUACAUCAGAAGAAAAUGGGUGCACCCAUAGCAAAUGAUUUGUUAUUUGAGAAAUUUUCAAAAAUACUCAAACAACAGCAGCAGCAACAACAAGCUGUUCUAAAUAAUAACAAUAUGCCUACUCCCAAUAUGAAUAAUAAUCAAAAUAAAAUUAAUAAUAACAACAACAAUAAUUACUAUAAUAAAAAUCAUAAUGCACCAACACAGUCAUCUUCAUCAUCGACAUCUUCCGGCAUCAAUACAAAUUCUAAUAAUAAUGUUGUGGCAGUAGCACAAGCAGCAGCCAAAGCUGUUUCUGCUGUUUCAAUAAAUGCUCCGCCACAUCAAACAAUUACAGCAACAACAACAGGUGCUACAAAUAAUCAAUUGCGUGAACAAAUGGCUGCUAGACGUUCUUUAUCAGCACGUUUGCAACAAUUGCAACAUCCACAGUUACAUCAACAACUGCAUAUGCGUCCAAAUGUAGGGCAUAUGGCUUCAGCGGGUCAAAGUGGUGGUCAUCACAUGAUAAUUGUAAGUUGUUUUUCUUUUUUUCAUAUUUCUGUAGUUUUCUUUCUUUCAAAAAACAACAAAAAAAGAAAUACAUUUUAUUGA